ACAUACACAGAAAAUACACAUGCACAGACACAUGUACAUAUACACAGACACAUGUACACACAGACACAUGUACAUACACACACACACACACACACACACACACAGACAGACACACACACAUACAUGUACAGAUACACACAUGUACAUAAACACAGACACAUGUACAAUUGUACAUGCAUACACAGACACACACAAACACACACACAUGUACAAGUAACAAACACACCCCAUAAGAAGUUGCAGUACUUCGUUGUUCACUCACAGAGCCGGGUACUGCACUCUAGGGGGAGGCGGAGAGCACAGCACACACUCCUUGCUUUGCUUUAACUGCACUCAGCUAUUGAUCAGUCUGACGGCUCCCAGUGCCAGUGACAGAUCCGGCCUGAGCUCCGAGCCUGCUCAGCAAGACGGCCCUGGGGGACACACUCACCCCCCCCACCAUAAUUUCCACUCACCAUUGGCGAGCAGGCGAGUGGAAAUUUCAAGCCCUGAUAUA